AUGUCUAUUGACGCUGCCGCUGGCGGAGCGUUAAUGAACAAACCUUAUCCCGACGCUUGUGCCCUAAUAGAGGACAUGGCCCAAAACCACGCCCAAUGGGGGAUAGAACGAGCAACGGUAGAGAAAAAGGAGAGCCAUGGAGGAAAGCAUGAGAUAAGUUGCAUGGACAUGAUGAAUGCUAAGAUGGACGCUCUGGCCUUGAAAGUCGAAAACAUGUCUCAAAACCCUACCAUAGUGGCAGUAAUCCAAUCGGAGUGCGAGCUCUGUGGACCGAAAAAUCCUAACCUAAGCUCAUCAGAAAAACCUAAGGAAGAUGCUGAACCAAAAGGCCAGGUAGAGGAACCAGAGAAAUCCGAAAAGCAAUCAGAACCAGAGGUAGAGAAUCACACACCACAACCUUACAAGCCACCCAUUCCAUUUCCACAAAGAUUGAAAAACACUAAAACAGAAAACCAAUUCCAAAAGUUCAUUAAGGUAAUAGAGAAACUCCACGUAGAAAUCCCUUUUACCGAAGCAAUAACCCAGAUAUCAUCAUAUGCUAAGUUCUUGAAGGAUAUUUUGUCCAACAAAGGACGACUCAACGAUCCCAAACCUUUAGAAUGUCAUUCCAUAUCCGAGAAUAAACUUGCCAAGAAAGAUAAAGAUCCUGGAAGUUUUUCUAUCCCUUGCUUCCUAGGAAAUCAUAUGAUAGACAAAGCAUUUCUAGACCUAGGAGCGAGCGUAAGUCUGAUGCCCUUGGCUGUCUGUAAGAGGUUAAAACUAGGAGAGCUUCAACCUACUAAGAUGUCGUUACAACUAGCUGAUAGAUCCGUUAAAUACCCCAUGGGUAUUCUGGAAGACAUACCUGUCAAAAUUGGUCAGUUAUACAUUCCGACUGAUUUCGUAGUUAUGGAUAUCAAAGAAGAUGAUGACAUCCCAAUCCUUCUAGGAAGAUCAUUCUUAUCGACCGCUGGAGCUAUAAUAGAUGUUAAGAAAGGGAAGCUGACUUUUGAGGUAGGAGAUGAAACGAUCGAGUUCAUUCUAUCAAAAUUCCUAAUGGCACCAGUGAUCGAAGAUGCAUGUUAUGCCAUCGACGUCAUCGAUUAG